UGUCGCCGCAGCCUCGCGCCUGCUUCUUUCUGUUGGUAGAGUCGCGGCGGCUCGCGGGCACGGGGGGUCGAGGAUGCGCGCUGUAAAACCCACCGCUCGCUUGGAAUCGCUCGAGCACCAGCAUCAGUGCCAGCAUCAGCACCACCAACAUCAUCAGCAGCAUCAGCAUCACCACCAGCGGCGGCAGCAGCAGCAGCAGCAGCAGGACUCCUCAGCGGUGGGGGGGAACACGACGCGGGGUAGAAGCAGCGGCAGAGGCAGGGGUACCGGCAGCGGCGGACCAACACGUCGAUGACCAUAGCGGCGUCGGUGGCGGAGGAGCCCCCACGGUGGAGUCGGCCCGUGCUGCUGCUGCAGCUGCUGCUGCUGGUGGUGCCGCCGUGCGCGCCCGAAAUAUGACCAGCGGCGCUCGCGAGGCUCGACAGGAUCAUCGGCAGCGAGACGACGACGGCUCCAACCCGUGCACGCGCUGCUGGCGCUGGUGCUGGUACUGGUGCUGCUGGUACUGGUGGUGGUGGUGGUGCUGCUGCGCACGCGGUCGGAGCUCCAGCUCCAAUAAGGACAAUAACGACAGUAACAACAACGACAGCGAGGAGGAGGAGGACAACAACGACGCGCAGCCGAUUUCCACCGACUGUCAGAGGGCCUGGCGAUGGCGAUGGCGCCGGUCACUGGCCUCUUUCCUCUUCCUCACCGGGCUGCUCUCUGAGCGCCUGGGGCCGGCGUGCGCAAGCUUGGGAACGGACAUCAUGGACUCUGGAACGGGAACGGAGACGGGAUCGGGGAUGGGAACGGGAACAGGAACGGGCCACGAGCCCUGCAGCCUCAGGAGUAACGAAGAUGUUAUUUUUAUAGCGAACUGCUCCACUGAGAACUGCCUCACUUUCGUGGACGCCGACCACCUGUGCAAGGGUCUUUGGGGAGCUCUAGUCGGAGCCGGAGCUAGAGUUGGAGCUGAAGGUGGAGCUGAAGGUGGAGAGGGCGAGUGGAGCGCGCUCGCGGCCCGCCUGCGCCUCUCCUUCUGCGACUCGUACUCCCUCAUGGAUCUGCUGGAGGGCAGGUCGAGGCCGGACCUCCUGAACUGCAGCGUGGACGCCAUGCGCGCCGGCGACUUGGACCGCUGCAGCACGUGCGUGCAGGCGUACCAGAGCUACGACGUGCACGCGCAGGAAAAAUACGAGGAGUUUGAGCUCAUGACGGAGCGAUACGUAACGGAUGCCUACUCAGUAAGGACGUGCAUGGAGGAGUGCAAGAUUGUAUACAAGCCUUGGCUCUGUGCUCAGUUCUUCCAGAGCAAUCAGUCCAACUGUAGCCGCAAGGUCCCCUGUGAGCAGUACUGUCUCGAGGUCCAGCAGCGAUGUCCGUUCAUAUUGCCUGACAAUGACGAUCUUAUACACGGAGGCACUCCCAGUUUUAUAUGUACAGGGCUUUUGGAGACGGGGAACGCUGAGCAGGAGCCACAGUGCUGUGACGUACGGUGGGACCUGAAAUCCAGCAAUCGUUCGCGUGGCACUUUCAAAAGGACUCACCCCUCGUGCCAGCAUGGCUCCUCCGCCGCCACCACCGGUGCCGCGGCCUCCUCGGGGGCACCGCGACUGGGACAGGGCAGGCUCAAGCUCUGUCUGCUGGUCCUGGUCCUUCUCCACACGGUGGCCACCAUGACGGCAAGCCAGAACUCCACCUGCCUGGCUGGGAUCUUCCCUUUGGAAGACAACAACACCCCGAGGGAGGAGUGAUUCGGACCACGGUGGUUGGGAGGGCUAGCGCUAGUGAAUUAGCAUGCUCCAAAACCCAUCUCCCGCCAGAAAAGGAGGAGACACGCCCUCCUCUGGUGAGGAGCCAGCAGCGAGGACAUACUGGGUCGGAAUGGGGCACGCCGGGCGGUGGAAGUUCACGCCCAGCCAGCCCCCAGCUGCGCUUUACAUGUUCAGUGCUCUUUAGGCCCCAGCAUCGAUGGAGGAACAACAGGACGGAGGAGAAGAAGCGCAAGACGAGAAAGAGAGAAGAUGAGAAGACGAGCAGGAGCUGGUCCAGGCCAUGUCCUACCGAAGACGUCACACUGUUCUGGGACACCCACGUUCUGAAAACCACAUACAAACAAACACAUAUAUGUUUUUAUUUCACGUACUUUGCACUAGGAGAUGAUCUGACUUUUUUUUAUUUUGAGCUUCAGCUGACUAAACAUGUUUCUUCUCUGCACACUUCACUCGCUUCAGAUCAAAAAUGGAAAAUUACAAAAGGGGAGAAAAGUGCAGAAGUUCUAUGUAUCUACGUCUCGGUCGCGGUUCUCUAUGUUUGUGCCCCGUUCUCUUCUAUAUUUUGAGAGCUAGCAUGAUUAGCUUCUCUCCUCGCUGCUACCAUAGCCGCUAAGAAACGAAUGGCUGGCUGGUCGUGAGCCCAGUUAUCCUCAGUACUUGUUACUCGUUACUUGUUACCUCCUUUCUUGCUUUCUCAGACAUGUUCUGACCUUGCCUUCCGGCCAAAAUGAAAUCGUCAUCGAUGUAGGCAGGGAAAUACGUCAACAGAGCCUCAAAACAGCAAACUGAGCAGACCGGUAGCAUGUGCUAUUGGUAAGAUAUGGUUAAUCAAAUGGGGGCCUCAAACUACAAAUGAUAUUGCCUGUAACACUUUCAUACUCGUCGUUGUUUUUUGUAGUUCUAACAUUCAGCCUCGCUUUAGAUUUGCAGUUUUUUGGUGGAUUCCAUUACAUCCCUGUUUCUUGUCAUUUCAUGACAUCAAGACAGAGAGAGAUGAAGGUACCAGUGGAGCACUGAUGACACCUACUGGCAGGACCCAAAUUCCCUGAUUACUCAGUUUAGAAUGUGUAGAUUUAAAGGAGAGAAAAAGCAAUCGUAGAGUCCCAAAAUAUAAUCAGUCUGAAGUCAUUCAGAGUGAUUUGGUGUGAAAUAGUCUACAUGUUUUAGGGAAACAUACCAAUUCAGAAUUCAGCAGGUUCCACUGUUUCGUGUUCACAGCGUGUUUAAAUCUGAGAAAAGUACAUGCAGAUUACAUAGAAUUACAUUGGCUCACAUGACGAAGCAAUUUUUUUACUAUAACAUUUUAUAUUUUAUCCAUUUUAUUUUGUAAUCUCAAUUAGAUCCAUCAAAGUAAUUACACAAUCUGCUUAUCGUACAAUAUCUGUACAAGCAUGGAAGGCCAUUAACAAGUCUUAAAAAACAGUUUUAUUUUAUGUUUUAUUUUAGAUUUUAGAUUUGAAUUCCAAUGUCAGACACCACCUUAUAAUUAAAAGUACAUAUCUUUAAAGGGAUUAUUUUGCCUUUCAACAGCACAAAAUCAUCAUUAAUCCAUGGGUUUCACUGCCUUUAAAACGAUUAAAAUAAAGUUCAACUAAACAAUGAAAUAUCAGGAGUAGGUUUUGCCUUAUUUACUUUAAGUAACAGAAAGAUAUUCUUACAACAGUAGGUUAUUCACUAAAUAAAUAAAAAUAAAAAGCAAAAUGUAAAAUUCCAACUACAUUUUGACUUAAUUUAUGUCUUAAUAGCUAAUUUGAAGUCAGUU